CAGUGCGGUGUCGUCACUUCCGGCAUUUCCGCUUAGGUGGCCGUACUCGAAUACAUUUCUUUUUGUUCUUAUCAGUGUUUAGUGUACUCACGAGAAGCGAAGAUGGCGAACGAGGAGAAUGCCGUUGCUCGCAAUUCUCAAGAGAAUGAGGCACGUAUUGGGGAAAAUCAUCAGGGAAAUGGAGAAUUAGUUGCGGCUGAGGACUCUACCGGUGAAAGAGACAUCAAUGCCGAGAUCGACGAGGAGAGGAAGAAAUACCAACCGACACGCUUGGAGUCCUUUUUUGCCUUUGCUAAGUCUAUGAUAAUUCGGGCUCUUUUCAUUUACUUCAUCAGUUCAUUCCUGAGACGACCAUCAACUGACACCACUUCUCAAGCUCCUGUCUCCGGUGGUGUGCCACGUGUACCCGCAUCAAAUAUAUUUGAGAAUGGAACACUUUUUGAUCUGUAUGUGUAUCUCUCCGAGAGUGAAACGUUCAAAGAUUUCAAAGAUCCAAAUGCACUGGUAUGGUCGGAACAUAGUUUAAUUUAUGGAGAUUGGUACAGUGGCCCAAAUCAAGAUGGUAGUAGGGUAUUUAAGCAUAAAUUCAGGCCAUCCAACCAGCUCAAGCAAAAUGGUUCGAUAUAUAUUCAUAUUUAUGCCACUAAAAGUGGACGUUUACCAGAUCCAAGUGCUGGUAAAGGAGUCUAUGCAGGGGACGAGAUGUCUUAUUCGAAGAAAAUGUUAAAUAAAUUCAAAAGAAUUAGGUACCAGAAGAAACAUAACUUAUUGACUGGUCAAACAACGGCAACUGAAUUGGAAAUCAAGAAAGCUGAAAUAAUGGAUCAAGAAAUCGUAUCACAUUGGCAUCCUAAUUUAACAGUUAAUAUGAUAACGGAUCAGACUGCUUGGGUGCAGGGUCAAGUACCACCUCCAUUAGAUGAACAUAUCUAUUUUUUACCUGGCGGUAUGCAAUACAAACCCGUUAUCUACCUGAAUGACUUCUGGAAUAUGCAAAGGGAUUAUCAGCCAUUGAACGACACCAUUGAGGAACUUGAACUUCGUUUGACUUAUCAACCACUGUCCUUAUUCAAGUGGCAACUUUAUUCUGCUCAAUCGAUGAGAAAUAAAUGGAUGCCAUCUUUCAUGGAUACAAAUGAGGAAGAGGACAACGAUCAAGAUACUCUGAAGGAGACACUUCUCGAGACUAAUCCCUAUCUAUUGGGUCUGACUAUGGCUGUUUCAAUUCUGCACAGUGUUUUUGAGCUCUUAGCCUUUAAAAACGAUAUCCAGUUUUGGAACAAUCGUAAGUCCCUGGAAGGAUUAUCAGUCCGAUCUGUUUUCUUCAACGUUUUCCAAUCAUUAGUUGUACUUCUUUACGUCCUGGACAAUGAGACUAACACCGUCGUUAGAAUUAGCUGCGCUGUUGGACUCUGUAUUGAAAUAUGGAAAAUCAACAAAGUAGUAGACAUCAGCAUAAACAGAGAAUCCCGGAUUCUCAAAGUCUUUCCUAGAAUAACCUUCCACGAUAAGGGAUCGUACGUAGAGUCUUCCACAAAGGAGUACGAUAGACUGGCCUUCAAGUAUCUAUCCUGGGCCUUGUAUCCUCUUCUGGGAGGAUAUGCCAUCUACUCCUUGAUGUACCUGGAGCACAAGGGAUGGUACUCCUGGGUACUGAAUAUGCUCUAUGGAUUUUUAUUAACGUUCGGUUUUAUCAUGAUGACGCCGCAACUCUUUAUCAACUACAAAUUGAAGAGCGUCGCGCAUCUACCCUGGCGCAUGAUGUCCUACAAAUUCCUGAAUACGUUCAUCGACGACAUCUUUGCUUUCGUCAUAAAGAUGCCCACACUCUACAGAUUAGGAUGUUUCCGAGAUGACAUUGUUUUCUUCAUAUUCCUGUAUCAGCGCUGGAUUUACAAAACCGAUCACAGCCGAGUCAAUGAGUUUGGCUUUUCUGGCGAGAUGGAGGGUCAGCUGUCAAUCGACUCCGAGCAAAAAGCACUGCUAGACAGCAGCACGAAGGAGGAGUCAUCCAAGAAAACUGAUUGACGUACAUCAGGACCUUCUGGUGCGAGGCACGUUAAGUUAAAUUGACUUUAAAUUAAUGAAUUUCGCAGUACCAAAGUACAUAAUAGUCGCCGCUUGUGUGCGCGCGUCUGACACAUACGUUUGCUGCGACUCUUAAUAUAGUCGAAUGCAGAGUCGGAUACCGCAAAAAAGAAAAUAAGAAAAAGCAAGAGGUGGAAAAGAAUAUCGUAAAUAUGUAUUGGUACUUUUGCGAGUAGUUAUAACGACAUAGGCGCAGUCUCGAUAAUUGUUAUUCUGUUGUAUUAUUUUGCGCCUCUCUGUCUCGCAAGAUGACAGUCACUUACCCCCAUUAGAAAGUCAAUGCUGCCGCCACAAAAUGUAAGAUAACGUGGAAGUUCUGACUCAAUAUGAAUCAUACGUAAUGGUGAAUGAUAACCAAUAGCGCAAUAAAAGAGAAUGUAAUAAUGGUUCAGAUUGAUUUGUAAAGGACUUUGUUGUACUACUUAUAUGUGGUGUAAUGUGUUGAAUGGCUUUAAAAAAUCUUAUUUCAACGAUGGUGAAGAAUGGCGAAGAAGUAAUCUUCCAACGCACUUGCAUGACUCAUUGCAUUCGAAUUUCUCCUUAAAUUCUUACCUAACAUGUUCAUUUGGUAAUGUAAAAGCAUACAGUGCAGGAUUUUCAAUAGAAGAUUACUUACUACGACAUUGCGCUACAGUAUAUUCCUUAUUGUUGUACAUUACUAUUAAAGUGCGUUGCUAUUAUUUCUUAAUAUUGUUUAGCUAUAUUUUGAUCUGAAGAAAACUUUGCGACUA